AUGUCUUUUGGCAGGCAUGCGUAUAGGCAUGCGCUGCAGCAGCAGCCCGCUGCCUUGUUUCUCGACCAUGUCUGGAUCAGCGAGGAGCACCUCGCCUCGGCGUUUCGGCGUUUUGCCAACUACCACCAGCGGCGUCACCAGAGCUGGGUCCCGGGGCCAUUGGAGGCCAGGAGACGCCUGGCCAAGCGAAAGAAUACUGCCUUGGCCGUUGUAGGUGGUGCUGGUCCGCCGGUGGAUGUGGGCAGCUUGUUUGGCGUCAAUGGCAGCGGACACUUGCGAGGGAAUGAUCAGCCUCUGUUGACUACUCCCUCCUGGCCUGAACCGCUAGAAAUAUUCUCUUAUCCUAUACCCCCUCCGGAACCCUCGUUAUCUGCCUCACGCGGUGAAAGCAACUUUGGCGUCAAUGGUCUGCCGUCGUUCGUUUCUGGCUCCGAUGGCCGUGCAGUCGCCAAUGGAGUCCUUCACAAUCGGGAAUUUAAUGAGCACUUGCAGGAUUGCCGCACAGUACAAGACAUCAAGAAGGUUGUGGACUUGUUCCGGGUUGACGUUCCCCGUGAGCCAGCUUACAGUCGGAGGCUGUUCAGCCACCUGCUCUCGAAAGCAAUCCAUUCCACGAACAAGAUGGUUGAUGAGAUCCUGCUCUUUCUGGAUGAUCCGACUCUGAAUCCUCCGACAGCGGGUAACUACUUGGCGCUCAUGAAGCAUCUCCUGCGAUACGAGGUGAAAACAGCUCAGAGGCACAAAUUACUGGGCGCAGUGGUGAGAGCCAUCGAACUGGGGCUGAUCCCCGAUACCGAAAUUGGACCGAUAAUCAAGGCUCUUUCGAACGUCAAAUCGGGCGGCACGACGCUGAAAAGUCAGGAGAAUCUGAGAGAGUUCAUUCGUCACCAUAGGCGCAUCUGGGAGGCUCUCCGAGGCUGCAGUGUUUUGAAAUUGAGAGAUUUGGACGACAGUCUUCUUGACCAGUGGCUCAGCGAGUUGUUGCUGGGUGUGACGUCAAAUGAAGAGCUCCUGCAUCUAGCGAAGGACAUUGUCCUAGCAGGCCAGGAGUCCUGCGCGACUGUCCGUCGCUGGAUCCCGACUCUGCUCGGGCAAUUUGUGCGACUUUCGGUGCGUCCGGACACCAUGCUUCAUUAUCGGAAAGUCAUUGUGGGCUAUUUCUGCGAUCUUUUGAGACCACUGGAUGGCGAUCUUGCUGCAGAAUAUCUCCUCCAGGUAGCAGAGAAUCUAGCAUUCUCACAUACAAGUGAGCAGGACUGGAAUUCCGCUCUGGAGAACUGGCGGCGCUGUUUGUUGAAUAUCCCCAACGCUGAAUCUGUGGCUUCGUCUCGUGUCUGGCUUGAUGUGCGACUACCCGAUUCGCAGAACGUGUCAACCGAACACCUGAUCGUCCUUCGACUGUGGAUGCUAAGUGCGCUGCGAAAGGCCCUCCGUGAGGAUUACGAUGACAACUGGCUGGUGCAACCGAAAGCAACCGACCCGACCAUCACCACCCUUCUGAAGCAGUUUGAUUGCCUCACGUCGGGUCAAAAUGAAGCUGAUUUUUUCGCCAACCUGAUUCAAGUCCUUCAACAGCUGCACCUCCCGUAUAAUACCGUGAUGACGACGGCCUAUACCGUCAUGACGAUGAGGAAAUUAAGGAAUCGAAACGCGCGCAAGGUGUUGGAACAGCUCGAACGGUCGCAGAUGACCCUGGAGGAGCUCGUCGCGGAUACCAAGGCGUUCAAUGCGACCAAGUCGUUUUUGUUUCCCACCUUUGAGCGGAUGAUCCGAAAGAUCGAUGUGACCACGCCGGAAUUUGUGCGCGACAGCAUCCGUUUGGUUGAAAGCGGGAAACAGGGCGCUCUCGACCUUAAACGUCUGCUCGCCUCUCACACGCCGUUGCACAUCGCCCUAGCCAAUGCAUGGCCACGAUUGCCGAAGCCAAGUAAAGCGGAGCUCUACCGUUUGAGAUCCGCCGAAAGGAAAGCGAGGAAAGUAGCGUCAGAGGCAGAGAAGCCGGUGAUCUUAUCCGAGCCGCUGACAGAGGAAGAAGAGGAAGAACUGUCGAAAUACGACGGCCCAGACCCCCGCGCCUGCGUAGAAGUCAUGCACCUCCUCGCGCUCACCUUCGCGACCUCGGAGAAGAUACGCGCCAAAGAUGCGUUCGACAUGGUGCACUGGCUGUACCUGUUCCUGUACCGCCACCAGGCGCCCAUCAAGCCGGCCCUUGCGCGCGCCAUGUACCACGCCGGCGUGGUCCGGUACCGCCGGGAAAGACAGAAUGUUCCCCUGAAGCAGUACCGAUAUAUCAUGGACGUGGUCAGGAAGUUUGAGGGGCCGCAUGUGCUGAGGAUGUUGGAAAUGAGUCCUCUAGAUGGGGAAAAAACUGGCUCUAAUGCCAGAUCUCCUGAGGAGACCAGCUCUCCUGAGGAUACUCGCAAUCCCAAGGAUACUUGA